AUGCCGAGGAAGAAGAAGCCCACAGAAGGCCUGGACUCUCGAGGUCAGGAUGGUGAGGAAGAGGAGGAAGAGAAGAGGAACCCAGUCAAUGUCAAGAAGAAGCGCAGUUUUGUGGAUGCAUUUAUUGUUAUAUCCGACAGCGAUGGAGAGCAGGAGUCAAAGGAAGAGAGCGGAUUGCAAAAGAAGAGAACAAAACAGCAGCUGGAUAGAACGAAGUUUGCUGCUAAAAGAAAAAUUGCACAGAUGACUGAAGAGGAACAGUUUGCACUGGCCCUGAAAAUGAGUGAGCAAGAAGCCAGACAAGUGAACUGUCAGGAAGAGGAAGAGGAGGAGCUCUUGAGGAAGGCCAUUGCCGAGAGCCUUAAUAGCUGUCAGCCCUCGGAGUCCUCUGAUGCAACCCCUCAGUUGUCUGCAGAAGUGCUGGGCGCGCGAGGCCAAAGCCAGCCUGCUGAGAAAGUAGGCUCUGAGAUCCUGGGAGGUCUGGCGCUUUGCCCUGACACCCCUCGCUCUGAGUGCAGCUCCCACUCACAGAGCACUAGAGCUGAUGGGAACGGACAGAUGGAUGUCGCCCGGAGCCCCCUGGUAGUGUUGAGGAGGUUAAGCCAGGAAAUCGUUGAAAGCUCACUAGUAUCCAGCAUAAUCGUGUCUCCGGGGAAGGGCCAGCCUGUGACAAGGUCAAGUGAAAAGCCUUCCUCACCAGCAAAAAGUGAUUCUAGUAACAUGUCACCCGGCACUUUCAGAGAGGACCUCAUCUCUUUGAGUCCCACCUUUGGCAGGGUGACUUCAGGCUCCUGGCAACUCACACCUCGGAGACUGUUCAAAAGCCCCUCCAGCUCUUCUGAAGCAACAAGCCAUGAACCAAAAGAGCAGCUCCUGCCCUGCACUGGCCAUUCUGCCGGAGAAGCUGGUGCCGGCAGCUCAGCCACGCUCUGGAAGAGCUGGACCACGGAACGGUGUGGCAGCCCCAGGAGUGGAGGAGCAGGUACCAAACACACCGCGCAGCCUGGGCACACCGCCAAAGUCUGUGUUUCCAGAGAGCAAGCAGAGCAGAAGAAGGUGCCUGAUGGUACCUCUGAGCUUUGCAUGCUGAAUGUGGUGGAGAAGCACAAGCAGGAGGAGGCAAGAGACACAGUGCACUAUUACUGGGGCAUCCCCUUCUGCCCCAAAGGGGUGGACCCCAACCAGUACACCAAAGUCAUCUUGUGUCAGCUGGAGGUUUAUCAGAAGAGCCUGAAGCAGGCUCAGAGGCAGCUAUUGCAUAAGAAGGAGUUUGGUAACCCAGUUAUGCCCAGUUCUUCCUUGAGCCAAAAUGAGCUUGGGAAAGGAGAGCAGAUAAGCAGGGAGAAUGGUAUUACUGAUGAUACAGAAGACAGAGACCCAGACGGACAGAAGGAGUCUGAGAGUAUCACCUGGAUCCUCCCUUCAAAAAGGAGGGAGGCAGAAAGUCCAGGGCACAGCAUGGAAGAAGAGAAGAACUCCACUUCUGAUGAUGAACCGACCACCAGCUACCGCCAG